AAUUAUACAGUUACAGUUAUUCAGUAACUCUAUAGACUCACGAACACGAACUUUUAUUUUGAUAACCGGAAGUCUACAUUUGUUAGCAUUGCUUCCUUAACGGAGCUCAUUUCUGGUCUAUAAAACCCAAAGGAAAUUAGAUAAAGAAAGUAGAUUCAGUUGAACAUAAAGCAGUCGAUGCGUUUACGUAGACCAGUGUAGCAACUCGCAACCCACAAGGAGGAUCACAAGGGGAGCAACCACAGAACGUGAAAAGGGAAAAGAGUGCACGAGUUGUUUCUGUCUAGUUGUCGACCUGUUAUUUUGGGCCCUCGUCUCUCUCAGGCCACAUCCGCUCUCACCAGGAGGGUUGUGGCAGCCAUGUUGCCUGUGCUGGUGGUUCAUGGAGGAGCGGGUACUAUCCCGAAGGAGCUUGCUGAGAUGUAUUCUGAGGGGGUACGGGUAGCAGUGAGGGCUGGUUUCGCCAUCCUGCAGGAGGGCAGGAGUGCUAUGGACGCUGUGGUGGAGGCGGUGACUCUGUUGGAGAACAACCCCGUGUACAACGCAGGCUGUGGCUCUGUGCUGAACGAGCACGGGAACGUGGAGAUGGACGCCCUGGUGAUGGACGGACGCACGCUGGCCAAUGGAGCCGUGUCAGCCGUCAGGAGGAUCGCCAACGCCGCACAGCUGGCCAGACUAGUCAUGGAGAAGACCAGCCAUGUAUGUCUGACUGGUGAAGGAGCCUCUAAGUUUGCCCGGGCCAUGGGAGUACCAGAGGUGCCGGAGGAGUCUCUGAUCACUGACAGAUACAGGAAGCGCUGGGAGGAGAAACUGGCCCCUGGCGCUAACCCGGUGGAAAGCCAGACGGGUUCGAAGGGCACAGUGGGCGCUGUGGCUGUUGACUCCGAGGGGAACGUGGCCUGUGCCACCUCCACAGGGGGCAUACAGAACAAGAUGGAGGGCCGUGUGGGGGACAGCGCCUGUGUGGGGAGUGGCGGCUACGCGGAUAAUCGGGUGGGAGCAGUGUCCCCAACAGGGGACGGAGAGGCCAUCAUGACGGUGACCCUGUCCCGGCUGAUCCUCUUCCACAUGGAGCAAGGGAAGUCUGCCCAGGAGGCGUCAGACGAGGCCCUGGCCUACAUGUGGGAGAAGGCGCAAGGGCUGGGCGGAGUGGUGGUGGUAGACCCCCGAGGCGGGUGGGCGGCCCGGUUUAACGAUAUGCAGAUGGUGUGGGCCGCAGCCCAGGGCCAGCAGCUGCACUACGGACUGUACAGGGGAGAGGACUUCAUUCAGCCGCUGCAGGACCCGGACUCAGCCGGCACCCAAGACCACCACCAGCACUGAUAACACACCUAUAUACAGUGGCUUCAGAAAGUAUUCAGACCGCUUCAUGUUUGGCACAAUUUAUUGUGUUGUAGAUCUACAGGGGGCGGACUGUAGCAUAGUGGUUAAGGUAAAUGACUGGGACACCGAAGUUCGGUGGUUCCAAUCCCAGUGUAGCCACAAUAAGAUCCGCACAGCCGUUGGGCCCUUGAGCAAGGCCCUUAACCCUGCAUUGCUCCAGGGGAGGAUUGUCUCCUGCUUAGUCUAAUCAACUGUACGUCGCUCUGGAUAAGAGCGUCUGCCAAAUGCCAAUAAUGUAAUGUAAUGUAAUCUAAUUUUAAAUGGAUGAAAUUGCCGCUUUUGCCCAUCAAUCUACACAUAAUGACAAAGUGAAAGCAUGUUUUUAGAAAUGUUCAUUUUAACCUCUACAUUUUGCUCUUGCCAUCACUCUGAUACUAGUCAGUCUUUGUCUCAUCUGUUCAGAACUCUGCAGGCUAUUUUAGGUAUGUCUUAGCGAGCUGUAAUCUGGCCAUCCUCUUUUUGCAAUUUACUGAGUACAUUUGAAACUGAGUUUCAAAUAGUUUAUUUUUGAAAGUCUAUUGUUUAGCCUGUCAGUGUUAUUUUUUGUUUUUUUCUUUCUUAUUUGGUUUACUUCAUAAUGGCUUCCUUGACUGUCAUUGGCACAACUCAGGGCCUCAUGUUGACAAACGGCAAUAACAGACUAUAAAGGCAAUCAAAAGCCGUCUUAUACCUGAACUAAGGAAGCAAUUGAUCUGACUGUUCAGAAGCAGCUGAGAAGCCAACCAUCCAUUUACUUUUGGUGCUGGACUACAGAGCCAAAAGACCAUAAAUUGGACCAACUGCCCAAAUGCAUACGGACUGCACUGUAUGUUACAGCAGAAUGCUGUCUGUAGAUUACAGAUCUGAUUUCAACACAAUUAUUCCUGCUAAACUUUUCAUGAAAUGAAGAGUGUGAAGAGAAAAAUUCUGUGUAACUGGAUUCUAGAUUUUUUAACUGGUAGAAUACAAGUUGGCAAACCAUUAAAUUAUUUUCCAUCCACACUCCUUAACCCUGCUUACCCGGUUGUGUUUAUUUUAUAUUAUCUCAAAAUAAGCCAUGUGAACAGCCGCUGUUCCAUGAAUUCUCUGACAAAUUUGUCUUUAUUUGAUUGAGAGUCACUUGUUGAAGUUUACACAAUUUGAGUAAAGACAUAUUUUUCAUUACUACCCCAAGUUUACAUCGACAGCGUAAUUUUUCACCCGGACUGAAUUCCAGUGGAAAUUGAUGCACUCUCAAGUGUUGUGUCUUUCUGUCUUUCUCAAUGUACCUAAGAAUUUAGCCAAUGUUGUUCAAAUGUACUAUAUAUGUCUAGACAUUAUUACUAUUGUUAUCACAUUGUACCUACUUUUGGUAAUGAUUGAGAUUUUACAUGCAUUACCCAUUGAAAUAAAAAAUGUGUCAGAAAGA